GAAGCAUUUUAACCAGUUUCAAAGCACACUUCUGCUACACAACUGAAGCAUCUCAAUUUUCUGUCUUUCUAAUGGCUGCAACAGAAACAAGAGUCGAAGUCAGAGAAGGAGAAGAAGGUUUAGAACAUCUCACGUGCAAGAGCUGUGUGUUGAAAGUCUCCAUUCAUUGUCAAGCCUGCACAAGGAAAGUCAAGAAAAUUCUACAAAGCAUAGACGGUGUUUAUUGCACGACGAUUGAUUUGAAGGAACAAAAAGUGGUGGUAAAGGGGAACGUCGACAGCGAGACUUUGAUUAAAAAAUUAACAGAAACAGGGAAACGAGCAGAACUGUGGCCUGACCAACCCGAACUGAAGAAGAAGAAGAAAAAGAAGAAAAAGAAGAAGAAGAAGGGAAGCACAGAGAACAAAGAGAGACCGAGCGAGCAAGAAAGCAGCGAAGAAAGUAACCCAAGCGGCGACGAGAAACAAAACACCAACAACGAAAAGGAAGCUGUUAAGGUUGUCGUUCAAGACACGGGCAAAAUCAUGGAAGGUGGCAACAUGAUCAGAAACAGCGAAGGGUUUUUCAACGUUAACAGAAUGGGUGAAGGAAGCGCAACCGGCUUAGCCGGUUUGCAGUUCCAAGAUCCGAGGAUGGAGCUGAGGCAGGCCAUGACUUUGCCACCCGGUUACCAGUCAUUGGGGGAGAGAAGGGUUACCAUCAACGUGCCGGGAAUUGACGAUAACGGAGGAGCGAACGAGGGUGGGAGUGGAGGGAAAAAGUCGAAAAGCAAGGGGCAAAAAGGGAAUGUCGUCAUCAACGGUAACGAGGGUGGUGUUACUGUGGUCGAACACCCCGGUGGAGAUUGGAACCCCAACCGGAACCAGAUGCCUGGUGGUCAUGGACAUGGGCCGGGCCCAGGCUUCGUUACUAUUUUGGGCCCACCCAACGAGAGUCCCACACGGCAUCAGUUCCCACCGCACUAUCACGCACCCGCAUCUCCGGGGUAUGGUGGAACCUACCACACAACAGCGUAUCCCUCCGUCACCCGCUACGGUGCUGCGUAUUAUACGUCCUCGCAACCGUAUUCGUAUUCUCACGUGUAUCGGUUCGCUGGGUCGGAGUCAGACUCAGAAACUUAUCCUUCACCUUCACCACCCUCCUAUUCCUUCGAAUUGUUCAGCGAUGAAAAUCCCAAUGCAUGCUUUAUCAUGUGAGGGAUAAUGUCACAACCACCGUAACUAACUUUCAUUUCGUCGUUAGUUAGUUAAUUAGUUACGAGCUCUGUGCUACAAUUAGGUUAAUGAUAAUCUUAGUGUGCUCUCUUUUAACUUAAAGCGUGAAAACUGGGCGUUUUCGUUUGAA